AUGUCAGUCCCCCAAUGGAUAGUCCCUCUCGCCGUCCGAGGAUUGCUCUUGGGAUUGGUGGGCUUGCUAGUUCAUGUCGCGGUGCUAUUGACCUAUCGAAUCUUCUUUCAUCCUCUCGCAAAGUACCCAGGGCCAUGGCUGGCAAAGAUCACCAAUCUUUAUGGUGGUUAUCAUUCCUGGCGAGGUGAUCUCCACGUGGAUAUGUGGAGAUGCCAUGAGAAAUACGGUGAUUUUGUGCGAUACGGCCCAAAUAGUAUGUUGUCCAACACGGCCAAGGGACUCCAAGAUAUCUAUAGCCAUGGCAAGAACUUCCAAAAGUCCCAGAAAUACGCUGCGAUGGUUCAUCGGGCGCCAAACACAUUGACAGUCAUUGAUAAGAAAAAGCAUGGCAAAAAAAGAAGAGUGAUCAGUCAGGCCUUCUCGGAUAGCACUCUCAAGUCGUAUGAGGGGGUGAUCCUUGAGCAGGUUCAGCAUCUGUGCACCGCUUUGCGGGAGGGUAGUGAUGGCAAACCAGUUCCAGUUGGUUCCUGGUCACCCCCGAAGGAUGUCGCGCAUCUCAGCGAUUACUUCACUUUUGAUGUGAUGAGCAACGUUAUCUUUGGAGUGCCAUGGUCCACUCAGCGUGAUCCGAAAUAUCGUUUUGUUCCGGAUGUUAUCGAGAAAUCCAAUGUGCGGGUUGGUGCAUUGGCUCAGGCUCCUGAGCUGGCUCUCUUCCGACUCGACAAGUAUUUGUUUCCAGAGGCUAUCUGGGCUCGCGAUAGGUUCAUCCAUUUCGUGGAGGAAAUGAUACGCCAGGGAAUUCAAGCAGCAACCAAGACGGGUAAAGGGGCAUUCUCAAUAUUGAGCAAGGCGAUCGACCCAGAAACAGGCCUCCCUCUUCGCAUGAAGGAGUUGGCAGGCGAGAGUGCCACCUUGAUCGUUGCCGGCACUGAUACGACGUCCACUGCUGUUGCGGCUUGCUUAUUCUAUCUGUCUCACCAUCCCAGUGCGCUAGAAAGGGCCACCCGUGAAGUCCGCAGCGCAUUCGAAUCUGCAGAUUCGAUUGGCAUGGGCCCUAAAAUGCACCAGUGUGUCUUCCUGCGAGCCUGUAUUGAAGAGAGCAUGCGCUUGUCCCCAUCUGCAGCUAGCUCGCUGUGGAGAGAGGUGACAGACACAGGUGCAGAGGUUGACGGUGAAUACUUUCCACCUGGGGUAGACGUGGGGACCUGCAUCUACAGCAUUCAUCACAAUCCUUCCUACUAUCCCCAGCCUUUCACUUUUCGUCCCGAGCGAUGGAUUCCAAAGGAAGCUCACCUUAUCCAGAGCGAUGUCGAGUUUGCCCGAUCUGCCUUCAACCCCUUCUCUAUUGGGCCUCGUAGCUGCAUUGGAAAAGGCCUGGCAUACGUGGAACUGCAUCUGGUCUUGUCACAUGUACUGUGGGCCUUUGACUUGCGUCUAGCACCGGGUGAGCUUGGUCACAUUGGUGAAGGCAAGGAGGAUGCUCCCUUUGGACGGCAUCGGGUGAAUGAAUUCCAGCUAUGGGAUCACUUGACUUGUGCUAAGCAUGGCCCGUUUUUGGAAUUUAAGCCCCGGAUCUAG